CACAGCAAAGUGGUACAAGAAAAGCAAGUUUUUUGGUCAGGGCAAUUACGAAAGGACACUAGCUGUGCUGUUGAGCAGCAGCGUUGUUUAUUAUUGCACACUGAGAGAUGAGGAGAAGAGAAAAGAGUUCAAAUCUCAUGUCAAAAAUGUAAAGAAGGACUUAAGUACACUCCUCCAAUGGAGACAAACCGAUAAUGGAAGAAAUGAAGUUCUAUUCAGAAGUAAAACUAUGUCCUUCUGCGAUAGCAACAAAAAAGGAUUCCGUCAUCCUUUGUGGAGAUCAGAAGAGAAAAGGCCCAUCGAAAAAAUGGAAAAUGCAAUCCUCUUUAGUGGUUCUUCCAAUCCUUUAUUGAGUAAAAAUAUAGCAGAUCAUUUGGGGACUAUACUAGGUAGAGUGCAUCUGAAGAGAUUCGCAGAUGGGGAAGUGUCCAUGCAGUUUUUGGAGAGUAUCCGAGGUAAGGACGUCUACAUUAUACAACCAACAUGUCCACCAGUUAAUGAAAAUUUGAUUGAGUUGUUACUUAUGAUUUCUACAUGUAGAAGAGCUUCUGCAAAGAAAAUCACAGCAGUGAUCCCAUACUAUGGGUAUGCAAGACAAGACAGAAAAUUAAGUUCCAGAGUCCCCAUAUCAGCAGCUGAUGUUGCUAGGAUGAUAGAAGCUAUGGGAGUCGAUCGUGUUGUUGCUAUCGAUUUACAUUCGGGACAAAUACAGGGAUUUUUUGGACCUAGGGUACCAGUAGAUAAUCUAGAAGCUCAACUGAUAGGAUUAGAUUACUUCACAAAGAAGGACCUCUAUAAGCCUGUUAUUGUCUCUCCAGAUGCAGGAGGAGUAUAUCGAGCAAGGAAAUUCCAGGACGGAUUAAAUCAUAGGGGAGUAGGUGAGUGUGGAAUUGCUAUGCUAAUCAAACAAAGAACCAAACCAAAUGAAAUUGAGAAAAUGGAUUUAGUUGGAAAUGUAUACGAUUCUGAUGUUAUUAUAGUAGAUGAUAUGAUUGAUACUUCUGGGACGUUGUGUGAAGCUGCUAAGCAAUUGAAGAAGCAUGGUGCGAGGAGAGUGUUCGCUUUCGCUACACAUGGACUUUUUUCUGGACCUGCUAUUGACCGGAUUGAGAACUCUCCCCUGGAGGAGGUCGUCGUGACGGACACUGUCAAGUCGAACAAGAAUAUCGACAGCUGUAAGAAAAUCACCAAAUUGAGUGUCUCUGUGCUCGUGGCCGACGCGAUUAGGCGCAUCCACCAGAAGGAGUCGCUCAACGAUCUGUUCAACAUCAAGGGGUA